AACACAGGACACGUCCAUCAUUUUGCAACAAAGAUUGUUAAACGAUUUUCGCCACAAUUCUGUUAUCAAAUUCAACACCUCCUUUUGGUUUACACUCCUUUGGCUUCGGCAGUCCUGUUUACCAAAUAUUUAAGCAAUCGGUUGAGCAGAUCUGGAAUUUCCAACGAUUCUGAUAAAACAAGUGCUGGAUCAAGAUUGUCUGCGUCAAAAUUCAUCAUGUUAGUUGCGAAUUAGCGAGCAGAACCCUCCAUAUGCUUGUGAUGUCGCAGUCUCAUCACCUUUCGUUGGAGUAUGAGGUUGUCAAUCAAGAUUGCGCAGAAGGGUUUUGUCAUGUGGAGAUGAAGGAGAUUGAGAGUCCUGUUCAAGUUAGCGAGAGAACGCAUCCAUUGCAAGGGGAUGAAUGGGACAAGAUGAUGGAUCAGGAUGGACGGAUCAUCAAUGAAACAGCUCUGAGGAAAAGCAUUUUUAAAGGAAGUAUAAGCAGUAACAUCCGUGCCGAAGUCUGGCGCUUUCUUUUUGGUUUUUACCCAUUUCUAUCAACUACAAGAGAAAGAAAAGUUCUGUUAGCUGAAAACUACUCUAAAUACAAAGCUUACAAACAACGUUGGAAAGAGAUGAUCAAGACACAACAUAACGAUGCCAGUAAUAAUACUUUGCCAGCAUAUGUGAGGGAAUGCCAGCAGAACCUUGAUACAGAUGACAAUAACCGCAAUACUGACUGUAGUAGUUCUGCGCCUUAUCUUAAUGACUUGGACGAACACCAACGUGAGUUCUUGGAUAUAACGGCAAAGGUUGAUGCUAGUAGACAGCAUAUAGACCUUGACAGUCUUAGUCACUCAAUCAAAACUAUAGACAAAGAUGUUCCCCGCACAGACAGAGGGCACCCAUAUUACAGUGGAAAUGGCAAUCAAAACUUACUUGUGUUACGAGAUAUCCUUAUAACUUAUGCAGCAUAUCAUAAAGAUGUUGGAUAUGCCCAAGGAAUGAAUGAUAUUCUCAGUAGAUUCCUGGUAGUGCUGAAGUCAGAAGCUGAAGCGUAUUUCUGUUUUGUAAACUACAUGGAUGCUGUGAAGGAUGAUUUCCUAGAAUCAGGAAUGAUGAAGAAAAUUGAGUUAGUCCAAAAGUUACUAAAGUUCAUGGAUGGCCAGUUAGAACAACAUUUCUUCUCACACAACAUGAGUGACCUGCUAUUUGUUCACAGAUGGCUGAUUCUCGGCUUCAAAAGAGAGUUCGCUUACGAAGACUCACUCAAACUGUUCGAAAUCAUGAGUAGUCAACAUCUAGAGCUCCAUUCAAUGGAGGCUGAAAGAGAGCGAGAAAAACAACGACACAAGGAACGUGAAAAAGAUGGUGGAGAGUUCCAAACCGAGCUAGUAGGACUGGAUAAGGAAUAUACUUUUGACUUAUUCAUCUGCUUGGCUAUCCUUCGGCAGUAUCGUGGGCUGUUUCUAAAUUGUACCGAGGUGUCGUUUGUCUACAACACUAUUAAUAGUUUAUCAAUGAAGAUGGAUUUGAAUACGAUUUUGUUAAAAGCGGAGGAACUGUUCUUUCAAUACUGUCGUAAGUCUGUCAUCGACUGUUUUGAGGUCUUGGAUACGACCAAUCAUUUUCAAAAAGGACGCUAGUCUUUAGGUAGCGACUUGAAGUGACAUUUGAUCGGUUUUUUUCUUAACAACCUGUCGUAAGUUAGUCGUACGUUAGUCGUGAGUUAGUCGUAAGUAGGUAUUGAUACCACAUGUCGCACGACAGUCUGCUUAUAUACGAUAUACAUCUCGUAAGGCAGUCGAGAUUGACCAAUAUAUCAUAAAUUAGUCGUGACUGCAUUUCGUAAUGCAGUCGUGCCAUUUCGUAAGGCAGUCGUGCCAUCUCGAUCGUAAGGCAAUCGUGCCAUUUCGUAAGGCAGUCGUGCCAUUUCAUAAGAGUCGUGCUAUUUCAUAAGAGAGUCGUGCCAUUUCGUAAGAGAGUCGUGCCAUUUCGUAAGAGAGUCGUGCCAUUUCGUAAGAGAGUCGUGCCAUUUCGUAGGCAGAUGUGCCUAGAGUAGUAUACAAACAUGACAGUCCUUUCUAUCGUUUUCCUUCUCCAUCUGAUGUCAUCAGAGGAUUCAUAAAGACCACCCCUCCCCUCCCCCAUCAGACGUUUCAUGGUAUAUUUUCAGAACCGGAGCUUGCAAAUGGUGGUGCAAUAGUGCUAGCGUGAUAACGUUUAUCAACCGAAAAUAAACGUCGGUCCUGAUAA